GCAGUGCCCAUUGUCAUUGCCGCAAGUGGGAUAAAGUCGUGGUGCCCCUCCUCCGCCUCCGGUACUGAUCUCUUUUACCUUUCUUCAACAACAACCUUCAUUUCCCCACAUUCAAGAUACACAAAACCCCCUCUCCAAACUCAUAUACCGCAUCAUGUCGGCCAAGAUUCCUAGAAACUUCAGGUUGCUUGAAGAGCUCGAGAAGGGCGAGAAGGGCUUGGGCGCAGAGGCUUGCUCGUACGGUCUAGAUGAUGGCGAAGAUAUGAUGAUGAGCAACUGGAAUGGCACUAUCCUGGGCCCUCCUCAUAGCGUCCAUGAGAACAGAAUAUACAGUGUCAAGAUCCACUGCGGUCCAGAUUACCCUGACAAUCCCCCCACACUGCAAUUCGUCUCCCGGAUCAAUCUGCCAUGCGUUGAUCCCCACACCGGCAAGGUUGACCCCACCAAGCUGCCUUGCCUGGCUCAAUGGAAGCGCGAUUUCACCAUGGAGACUAUUCUGCUCGAACUUCGGCGGUAUAUGGCUCUGCCCCAGCACAAGAAGCUUCCCCAGCCCCCGGAGGGCUCCAACUUCUAAGCAACGUGAUGCUGUGAAAUGACUCGGGAACCGAAUGAGGAGUAUUCUGGUUGGGUUUGUGCGUGCGGUUUCGUUCGCGUCUUCUUUCGUUUUACUUCUUAGAGCGUGUACAGUCUAUGCAUAACGCCGGGCAUGGCGUGGUGUCAAUCGAAGCCUAGUCGCAAUUCAUCGAUUCUAGAAAUCCUUGUCGGUGUGGUCUUUCCUGUCAACCUUGCUACUUAGACUGUCCUUUGCUAUGGCAUUUAUCAUUAGCCUCUGAGGGUUUCAUGGACAUGGAACUAAGUAGGCUUAGGCACUGCCACAGUGAGUGAGACAGCAAACCGAUAGGGCACACGGAUUUCUGUCAGGAUAGUACUGUACAGGUGCCGAUGCCAUUGGGUCGAUUGGCG